UUGGAGCCAUGUCUCUGCUCUCAGUUAGACAAGUAUACCGGGGUUGAUGAGACUUGAAUAUAAGAUUCAGAAAACGUUGGAAGUGAUUUUUUAAAUAAUUAAAAAUGGAAGAAGCACCGCGAUUUCGGCCUCAACCAAAGGGGUUUGCUACGAAGGCUCUUCACACCGGGCAGGAUCCGGGACAAUGGAAGAGCCACUGUGUAGUGAUUCCUAUUACCAUGAGUGCUACAUUCGAACAACCCCUCCCCAAUGAAUUCGGUGAAUUCGCUUAUGGUCGAAUUGGAAACCCGACCCGAAAUGUUCUUGAAAAAUGUUUAGCUGAUCUGGAUGACGGCAAAUUUUGUGUUACCUUUUCAUCAGGUACAGGUGCAAUUAUGGCUGCAGCAUCCCUAGCGAAAACUAACGACCAUAUUAUUUGCAGUGGUGAUGUUUAUGGUGGCACAACUCACCUGCUGAGGAACCAUUGCGAACAAUAUGAAAUUGGAUUAGACAUCGUCGAUCCUACUGACUUGAAUAACCUGAAAAAGGCAAUGAAGAAGAAUACCAAGAUGGUACUCAUUGAAACGCCCUCCAAUCCGUUAAUGAAAGUCGUAGACAUCGCAGCUGUAUCGAAACUUCUGAAGAGUUUCAACAACCAAAACAUAAUAUUCGUUGUGGAUAACACCUUCCUCACCCCCUAUUUCCAACGCCCAUUAGAACUCGGAGCAGAUAUUGUCCUUUAUUCCUUAUCGAAGUAUAUGAACGGUCACACUGAUGUUAUAAUGGGAGCAGCAGUGACGAACUGCCCAAAGCUGGAGGAUAAACUGAAAUUUGCACAAUCUGCUAUUGGAAUUGCACCGUCACCAUUCGAUUGUUAUCAAGUGAACCGAAGUCUCAAGACCCUCGCACUACGGAUGGAAGCACACAGCAGGAACUCAUUGAUCGUUGCCCGAUUCCUUGAGAAUCAUCCCUUUGUUGAACGUGUCUUACAUCCAGGUCUACCAUCGCAUCCCCAGCAUGAGCUCACCCUCAAGCAGAGCUAUGGUCAUAGUGGCAUGAUGGCUUUCUACCUAAAGGGAAACAAGGAUAACACCGCUAAAUUCAUGAAGGCUCUUAAACUUUUCCUAGUUGCCGGCAGUUUAGGUGGACCAGAGAGUUUAGUUUCCAUUCCGGCAUCGUUAAGUCAUGCUUCUCUGACUGCGCAGGAAAGAGAGAAACUUGGAAUAACCGAUAAUUUGGUAAGGAUGUCGGUUGGAUUGGAGGACACAGAAUGUAUUAUCAGUGAUUUGGAUCAGGCUUUGAAGCUAUCACAGCAAUGACUAGUUCUCUGAGUUUUGAUCAGAAAUCUGCCGAACUGAAGAAGUGAGUCUGUUUUUAUCAAGUGAAAUAGAUUAAUUCAUUUAUUGUCAGUACAACGAUGGAAAAAAUAUGAAGUAAUUUUGA